GAACCCCAAAUAAAAAUGUUCUUAUUUUGUUGUGCUUUUCUUGUCUUCUUUGUUGUUGAUUUUAUUUAUAAAAAAUAACCACUGAAAUGCAAAAUAACCAAAAUAAAAACAUUUAUUCCAAUAUUUGUAUAAAUGAGUGAUUCAGAUGAUACAGAUAUUUUGCUAUUAAUUCCACCAGAUUUUUUCCUAUCAACAACUCUAUCCAAUAGCCGACUGAAUGAUAGCUUUCCUGACGAAUACAUUAGCAGUCGCAACAGCAACAUGUCAUCCUCCAAAUGGGAACAACUUCCACCACCAACACCAUCCGCAAAUAGUGGAGCAAACUAUCAUCAAUUCCUUCCAACCACACAACAAAUCGAAUUGGCCAAUAUCAAUGCUCGAUUAACAAACAUCGAGCACAAUAAUUUCUCUCCACCAUCCGACUUGUCCACAAUAUCCAAUAGCACUCAUCACAAUGGUGGUGAGAAAAGGACAGUUCCACGAGUGAGUACAGUUACUCAUUCAACUCCAAAAGAUCACUUGCAUGAGAAUUCACGAAGAGGUGAAGAGUAUCAUGGAGUUCUUAAAGAAAUUGAUCAUUUCUUAGAGGAUAGGAAAUACCAUUCGUCUUGGAGUGCAAAUGGCAUUCGUGAUCAUCACCAAGUUGAACACACGGCUUCUCUGCCAAAUGUUCUUGUUCGAUUGCCAGAAGAUCGAACUUUUCAUGAUCCUUUGCCAACUCUGGCGCCGGUUCAUGAGAAUCUUGUUAGUUUAAGUGAAAUGUGGAGCAAAAAUGCACCCGGCAACUUGACUCUCAAAGAAGAACAAUAUCGUCGAAUGCAUUUAGAGAAAACAAUACAAUCUUUGCAGAGUAAGUUGCUGGAAUAUCAGCAAAAAAUCUCUGUGGCUUUGGAAGUUGAUAAAGCUAAAGAUAAAGCAUUGAGAAGUGCUCAGAAUGAGAAUAAUAGUCUUAAUCAAGAGAUCAAAAGACUGAAAGACACAGUGAGUAAGAUAGAAAGUGAUCAUCAAAGUUUAGCUGGAAAGUAUGAACUAGUUCAGAAGGAACUAGCGCAAGCAUUAGGAUUGGCAGCAAAAUUUCAGGAUAAAAAUGAAAAAUUGGAAAGUGAACUACAAAACUGUUCUAGAAAAACGUCAGAAAAUACCAGUUCGUAUAAAAAGAAAAUUGAGGAACUAGAAAUUAUGUUACAUUCCUGUAAAAAGUCUGAAGAGUAUUCUACAACUGAACUAACUAAAAUGAAAGAUCGUCUUGUGAAGGCUGAGCAUAAAGCAGAUAAGGCUUCUAACCGUUGUGAAGAAAUGGAAACCCAAUUGGAAACUCUAAAAAAUUAUAAAGAGCAAGCACAAGAAUUAAUGCAAAAGCACAAAAAUCGUGCAGACAGCUUAGAAGAACAGAAAAAGUCUCUCAAUGAAAAACUUUCUUCAUUGACCGAAAAAGAAGGAAUAUUGCAAAAAAAGCUUGAAAGUCAACGUCAGGGGUUAAAGCUUCAUUACCAACAACAACUUGAGAUUGUUGUUGCUCAGAAACUAAAAGAAUUCCAAGGUCAAUUGGAUAAAGUUGAAGAAACUCUUAAGCAAGAGGGACGAGAUCGAGAACGUUUAAUUGCCGAACGAGCAAUGAAACAAAUGGAGUUAAUCAAUGAAAAGAAUGAACAAGAACUAAAUUUACUACAAGAGAAACACGAAGAAGAAGUAGAACUCUAUCGAAUUCAAUUAGCAAAUGCAUCGAAAAAAAUCGCUGAUCUAGAAGCUAAGCUUAGUUCUUACAAAACAAGAAGAGCUGAUAUUGCAGAAAAACUACAUAGCGUUAUGGAAGUUCAAUGGCAGAAAGCAUUAGAAAUUCUAACGAGUCCGAAUUCUUCAAACCCACAAGCUUUAGGAAAUAAAUCAGUUUCAUUAGAAAAUGUUCAGAGCACAGCUGAAAAUGAACAAUUUGAAACACCAAAAACAAGUCGACAACAAAAUAAUCAAACAACAGAAGAACCAUUGCAUAUGGAUCGGUUACAGGCUUACAUUGAAUUGCUUUUGAGUAAAUCACCGGAAGAUAUUGAAAAUUUAAAUGAACUUUUAUCGAAAACUAAAUUGAAUACAAGUGGAAGUAAAAAUAAAAACCAGCAACGUUCGAUUAAUAAUGGUAAGCCUCCUUGGAAAGGAUGAACAAAAAAAAAAUGCAUAGUUUUGCAGAUAAAUAUUAUUAUUAAAUAAGUGCCUAAUUUUGCAGCAACAAUCAUUUAAAAUUUAAGAAAAAAAGAAUUUAAUAGAAAUAUUGGAUGUAAUAUUAUGAUACAUACAUAAUAGGAAUUAUGAUUUCCUAAGACUGAAUUUU